GCUGUUCAACUCAAGAGGCGCGCACAAGGACACGAGAACCACAGAUUUGCAUGAUCCUCUGGCACUCUCUUUAGGUAAGCUGUGUGCGUGUGUGAGGGAGGAUGGACGGCUCCGUCAACUCAACAGCGUCCGAGGCUCUUUUCCAGCGCACGGACGACCGGCAGCCUCGAGUGGACCCGGGAGACGGGAACGCGUCCUUGUACAUACUGAUAGUGAUGUCGUUCUACGGGGUCUUCCUCCUUGGCAUCCUGCUGGGCUACUUCCGCUCCAAGCGGCGGGAGAAGAGGAGGACCAACGUAUUCACGCGCCUCGUGCAUGAGGAGGAGCAGCGGGAGUGGGGAGCGUUGCCCAAGAAGCACAGCACCCCCUUCUCCUUCUCCCCCUCCUCGCCUUCCUCCUCCUGCGCCCCGGGAUCGGGCAGACUGCACUACGAGGACAUGGCGCUGUCCCCGCUGUCCUGCGCCCUGUGCGCGGAGCAGAGCAGCGUCAGCUCCCUCUGCUCCUCCGCGGACGUACGCUUCGCCAUCGAGGAGGAGUCGGACGGCGUCGUGGCGGAGGGCUCGCAGGACGGCGUGCAUCCCAAAGGCAGUGCGGAGGGCAAAGACGACCCGGGUGACUCCCGCCGGAAGGAGUUCUGACACCCCGCCUUCACUCCACCACCCCCCCCAAAACAAAAAACAAAAAACCCCCCAAAUAACCAAGUUACUUUGGUUUAGGAUAGUGGUUCUCAAACAGGUCCGCACAGCGCCGCUGGUUUUCUAUCCUGCCAGGUUAUCUUAAAGUAACGCGCGCCUGCGCUUCCAGGUGUGUUGAAACCUUCCCGGUCGGAGACUGGAAUAACUGCAGCAAUAGAUGAACGUAAAAUGUGAACGUGAAACACCUGGCAUACUAGAAAACCUGCAAUAGUACCGCAUGGGUGAUGGCGGAGGAUAGGAUGGGGUGGUCCUUAACCCCCCCCCCCCAAUUCUUAGGUGAAGCGUAUUCAAUGAAGCCAAGCAGCGAUCAAAAUAAGUUCACUGUCACGACCAUGUCAUGUGUUCUGCUCGGGUCAAAAUGACCAUUUCGGUUGAUAACUAGAAUAAUAAAUGUUAAUAAUUGAGAUGAUGAUAACAAGAUGGUUGGUGUUUUUAGAUUGCUACAUUUUACAAUGUUCUUUAUUUCCAUCAAAUUCAAGGGUGGGCAGAGUCACUGUGACCGGCGAACAGCGGGCCACAUCCGUUGCUAAUGAGUGAACAGAACACCAGGGUUAAGCCCCGUGUUAUUUGCCUAAUGAUGCCACAUUCGUUAUUUGGCAUGCCUUCCGCUAAAAUACCAGUAUACCGUUAAGUAUAUAGUGUAUUUGUUGGUGAAAGGACGGCUUGGUAUCAGGUGUCCUGUCCAUCCCCAGCACCACCCACCAAUCCACAAACUUUCCUGGGCUGACUACGACUACACCCGUGUAGUGGUGGUUCCGGAGGACCGGAGAUUGAGAACCACUAUGUUGCAGGCUGCUGACUCCAAGAAGAAACAGUGGACUGACUGGCUAUUGAACUUUAACUGAACUUGACAGCUCUUGCUGCACGCUUGAGUAUUGAAAUGUACCUGGAACCCACUUGAACGACUUUUCUUGGCUUGUUUGUUCGUAACUAAAUCUCGUUUGCUGUAGCUUCAAUGAUCUACACACUGCGCACUGGUAACAUAUUGUAUAGGCCGACUCGCUAAAGUAACACCCUGUAAAUAUCCAUAGUGGUUUACACUCCAGAGCUUAAUUUAAAACUGAAUGUAUUGUUUUGUGUGUUUCAGAUAAAUAAAUGCUCAUAAAGAGAUAAAAGUUCAAACUUUCCUUUA